GCUGCGGUCCCGAGUUCCGAGGGGCGGAAUGUCGGCGCCGGGCGAAUCGGUUUAGCCGACUUUGACGCCUAGAAGACUUCUGUUGAUGUGGUUGUCGUUCUUCUUCUCAGUCCAGAGUCUGGCGGCAACCAGAAAGAAGAUCAGGCGGAGAUUCUUCUACCAAUUUUCAUGGCUCUGCUGCUCCGCUCUCCACCUCCCCACCUCACUUCUUCUUCUUCUUCUUCUUCUUCUUCUUCAGGCCGUCGCAGGCGAAUAAGAUCCCUCGCCGGCCGAUUCAGGGCUUCAUGGCAAGAGCUCGCGGGGGUUCUGAUAUUCUCGGCCAUCCCUUUCGCGGCGGUGAAGGCCGUGGCCAACAGCUCCCUCGGCGAGCGCCUCCGCCGGAGGUUGGAGGCCACCAAGAAGGCCGCCGUCGACAGCUCCGCCAGGUUCCAGGCCCUCGCCCGGCAGGCGAGGGAAGCCAGUUUCUGGUAUGGCCGAGAUCGUCCUCGCUGGCUUGGUCCAAUUCCAUAUGAUUACCCUCCUUAUCUGACUGGAGAUUUUCCUGGUGAUUAUGGAUUUGACCUUGCAGGUCUGGGAAAAGAUCCUGCGGCUUUCCAAAAAUACUUUAACUUUGAGAUUCUGCAUGCUCGUUGGGCCAUGCUUGCAUCUGUUGGUGUCAUUAUUCCUGAAUUAUUGGAUCUACUUGGUAUUGUGCAUUUUGUUGAGCCUGUGUGGUGGAAAGUUGGGUAUGCCAAACUUCAGGGUGAUACGCUUGACUAUCUUGGAAUUCCAGGACUUCAUAUUGCUGGUAGUCAAGGAGUCAUUGUCAUAGCUGUCUGCCAAGCUCUUUUAAUGGUUGGACCAGAAUAUGCCAGAUAUUGUGGGAUAGAGGCGUUAGAGCCAUUGGGAAUCUAUCUUCCAGGUGACAUAAAUUAUCCAGGUGGUUUUCUUUUUGAUCCCCUGGGACUUUCCAAAGAUCCUGUUGCGUUUGAAGAGCUUAAGGUGAAGGAGAUUAAAAACGGCCGCUUGGCGAUGGUUGCUUGGUUGGGCUUCUACAUUCAAGCAGCUCUGACUGGCAAAGGUCCUGUACAGAACCUUCUUGAACAUGUGUCUGAUCCGCUUCACAACAACGCCAUCUCUUUAAUUACAACAAUGUAAAAAAAAAAAAAAGAGGA